CAAAAUAUUCCAUCGUCUUUGACGAUGUGCAUGGGCAUUGGGUACCAAAAUAUGACACUCCCCAACCCGCUGGACUUCACCCACACCACGGUAGCACAGGUUGAAAACUCAACAACGUUCAGCAACCUCAGCACCCUCGCAGAUUCCAAGUGUCACCCCCGUGUUAGAGACCUGGUGUGUGCUACCAUCGUGCCCCGCUGCGAGUCCAGCCCGAAUCUCAGGCAGCAGCUGCCCUGUCGGUCCUGGUGUGAAGAGGUGAAGUUCUCGUGUGAAAAACUGGACUCUUGGUCAGCCUUCCCCAGCUGCGAGAUCUUUCCUCAUGCCAACUGCAACAACGUCAAGACUUCAACAACUCCGGAGGGAGAGGAGUGCUUCGAUGGGAAUGGUGCCAAUUACAGAGGAGACGAGGCCAGAGGUCCCGUGUCUGGGGUCGGCUGUGACCGAUGGGACGAUGACCCAACCUUCAUAGCACCGUAUCCCUGGGCAAACCUUGUGGACAACAAAUGCCGCAACCCUGACGCAUACAGCUUUAGCAGGCCAUGGUGCUUCACUAGCUCCGAAAUGGGACUUGAGUACUGUGACGUCAUUCCUUGCAACGAUAAAGGGUGCAAGGAUCCCGGCCACCCCACGUUUGGAAAGAGAAGACCCAUUCUGAAGUUCUACUGGCCAGGUGAAACUAUCACCUACACAUGUGAUAAAGGAUUCAAGUUCAAAAAGGACUCGCCGCCUAAUAAAGCACAAUGUGUUAUUAACGACACAACAGGAGAAGCCUACUGGGCAACAAAGAGACCAUACUGUGAAGUCGACCAAACUUUCAAGCUUCAAAAUGACCUCCUGAGCACGAAUGUCUACGCCAUGGCGGUGGCUCCAACAGCUAGUCUGGGAAUAAAGGCAUAUGUUGUCAACAUCAUCAACUUGGACGAAAAGGCGGAACAGAUAGUAACAUCUUUCAAAGCGGAAUACACAUGGAAAGACGAACGGUUGCAGUGGGUACCCAAAGAAUAUGGAGAUUUAGGACAGAUGUUCAUCGUUGAUGACCAGGUCUGGAAACCAACGUUGACACUGCAAAGAAACGCGGAUACAGAUUAUAGCGGGGGGUUCCCAAAGACUGAGGUAAAAUUGGAGAGUACCGGUGAAGUGACCUGGCCGAUCACAUCACUGACAACCACGACGUGUACAUUGGACCCCUUCCUCUUCCCGCAUGACAACAUGACGUGUGCGGUGUGCUGGAAAGCCGGGGAAGAUUACACAAUAGAAUGUUCCAAUUCAACAACACACAAAGACAGGGACUUCCUGACCUGCCAAAAUAACGCCAAAGACAUUAUCAAAGGAGAGUGGCGAGGAAAAGCAACACUUUCAACCAUAAACAACACGGCCUGUCUGACUAUGACACUCAAACGAGACCCCACCUACCACUACUCCACAACCAUCUCUCCCUGCCUCAUCCUCAUCAUCCUCAUGAUUAUCACCUUCAUCAUGCCCAUCGACAAAGGCGACAGGAUAGGGUUCGGAGUCACCAUUCUUCUGUCCAUGGUGGUGUCGUUAGUGGUCGUCACAGGAUUCCUACCUGUGUCAAGUGCGCUGCCAUUCAUCGCUAUGCUGAUCAUUGUCUGCAUGGCUCUGAUGGCGCUGUUCAUGCUGUCAACUCUUUUCAUCAUCAUCAUCCACGACAAGAAGGGACCCGUCCCAAAGUGGGUGCGGACGCUCUUCCUGAAGAACAUAGCAAGGGCCCUAUUGAUGGGAGACUUGACCAAGAAGCUGAAAAGUGAAGAGCCAAAAAGACCCUGCAGAAGUAACAAAGUAAAUUACAUCGAGGGACAUGACAAUCAUUCAUUAGACAUGCCCAUCGAUGGCGCAUCAUCCGGGGAGGACAACCCUUCUCUGGACACAAGAAAUGAGGUCGGCACUGCCCUCAUGGGGUUAAAGGGAAGUGUAGAUGAGUUGAAGGUUAGUGUUAGACAAUUGUCCGACGCCAUGACACAGGCAAGUUGUGCUGAUGACGAUGACGAAGUCGCAGAGUACGCUUUGUUGGCUAACGUCCUCGACAGGUUGAACCUGAUCCUGUACAUCAUCGCCAUCUGCGUGGCCAUACCGUGUACGAUGCUCAUUGGCCGCCCACGGAUCAUCCCAAGUUAAACCACGCUGACUAUUUGCGAAGUUAUGCUUGAUGGCAUGCAUGUAUAUUUUUUUUUACCAUGCGUUGGCCAGAUCUUUAUUGUCAUGAAAACUGACACACAUUUUGUCUUGUUACGUUUUCUUAUGUUAAAUGGAUUUAGCGUUCUAUUGAAGAUUCAUUAUAAUUAAUCGAGGAAUAAAUGGGAAUUCUUGCCAUGUUGUUUGUCAAGUGCAAGGUCAGAUUUUAAAAGUCUCACCAAAGCUAUAAAUUUGACAUUUUUAUUAGGUGUAGCCUGGCAUU